AAUUAUUUAAUAAAUGAAUUUAUAAUGUUUGUUGUAGAGAGUGGAUUAAAAGUUUCUAAGUGAUCUUAACAAUCAAUUACUUUUUGUGUCUUUUUAGGUUAAUUUUAUCGGCAUUUAGGAACUUUUGGUCCAUGCUGUAUUAUAUACGCAUCAUAAACUUUCUUACAGAUUAUUAUAUUUUCCUUCUUUAUCUUUUUCACAGAUCAAUGGUAAUAACGAUAAUAUUUUACUUCACUUUAGUUCAAUUUAUAAAAGUAAUAGUUUCCCACGAGAAUCUCGAGGACGUUACGGAGAGUCUUUUCAUGAUAUUCACGUAUGUCGCGUUGUGUUUCAAAUGUCUUAAUUUUCUUUUGAGAAAGGAAAAAUUAUUGAUUCUAUUGAAUCUCUUACGUGAGAAAAUAUAUCGUCCGAGAAAUUUAACGGAAGCGAAGAUAUUGGAAAAUUAUAGUCGCAGGGCUAAAUGGUGCACUCUUAGCUUCAUGACUUUGUGCCAAUCGACCGCAGUAGCACUCAUAACUGCUCCUAUCAUGGAAUUACAUCGUUCUACCAGACCUUUACCCUGCAGAGCUUACGUACCGUAUUCUAUUGAAGGAUUACAUGCUUAUUUGGCAACAUAUUUGAUUCAUGCAGCGUCUAUUAUUUACGGUAUACUUCUCAACGUAUCCCUCGAUUCUCUCGUAUACGGUUUGACCCUUCAUGUUUGUGGACAAAUAGAUAUUCUCUGCGAACGUUGCAUGCAAACUAUUCGAGAAGGUAAUUCGAACGAAAUAAAAGCAUGUGUUAGACAUCACGUAUUUAUUCACGAUCUCGUAAGAAGAAUCGAAUAUUUGUUCAUUUGGACGGUAGCCUUUUUAUUAUUUUUCAGCUUAGUUACACUUUGUACUACCAUCUUUCAAAUGUCGAAGAAAAAUCCUCUUACCGUAGAGUUUUGUUCCUAUGUUUUAUAUACUGGUUGUAUAAUGUUUCAAAUUUUUUGUUACUGUUGGUACGGCAAUGAGCUUCGAUUAAAGGGCAAAGAAGUCGCCGAUGCUAUUUAUAAUAGCGAUUGGGUAAUGUCUACGCAGAGUGAUCGUCGAAACCUACAGUUCUUGAUUAGGAUCAGUCAGAAAGAAUUGACAUUAUCUUAUCAUCGGAUAUUUUCUCUCAAUCUUGACGCUUUUACAUGGAUACUUAAAACAUCUUAUUCGUCGUUUAAUAUUCUUCAAACUGCAUCGAUUUAA